AUGUACCAAUCAGGAAGGAAUCUCCGGGGCCUCAGUGCCAGUUAAUCUGCUUCUGUUGGGCUGCCCCGCUCCUGUCAGCCGUUUACCGACAAUUCUGUUCAGUUUCACAACAGAAUGACCAAGAAAAGAGGCGCCACACGGGAGGCAGACGCCGCUCCGUUGGUUGAAGCCGAACAAAAGCCGACGGAAACUUUGACAGUUAAAGGAUCUUCAUAUGCAGGGUCGGGCUCGGCCCGCCGGUCGCUGCUAAUCCUGGUAGGCAUCUUUGCGUGCGCUGCUUCCAUCAUGUACCUGGUCUACCGGAACUUUCCAGAACUCAGUGCGGAUGAGAUGGAGAAGAUGAAGAUCCCCAAAGACAUGGAGGACGCUAAGGCCCUGGGGACCGUGCUGUCCAAAUACAAGGACACGUACUAUUCCCAGGUGCUGCUGGCCUACUUCACCACAUACGUGUUCCUCCAGACCUUCGCCAUCCCAGGCUCCAUCUUCCUCAGCAUCCUGUCGGGGUACCUGUACCCCUUUCCUCUGGCGCUGUUUCUCGUGUGCCUGUGUUCAGGUCUAGGUGCUUCCUUCUGUUACCUGCUGUCUUACCUGGUGGGUCGUCCAGUGGUGCACAGGUACCUGACGGAGCGAGUCCAGAAGUGGUCCCAGCAGGUUGACGGGCACAGAGAGCAUCUUAUCAAUUACAUCAUCUUCCUGCGCAUCACGCCCUUCCUGCCAAACUGGUUCAUCAACAUCACCUCGCCAGUCAUCAACGUGCCGCUCGGCGUCUUCUUCCUAGGCACCUUCCUGGGUGUGGCUCCUCCGUCGUUCGUGGCGAUAAAGGCGGGGACGACGCUGUACGCGCUGACGACGGCGGGCGAGGCGGUCAGCUGGAGCUCUCUGGCCGUGCUGGGACUGCUGGCGCUGCUCUCGCUGCUGCCCGUGGCCUUCCAGAGCCGCCUCAAGACCAAGCUCCAAUAGGCACAGCCAGCUCAGAUCAGCUCAGGAAUGGUGCAGGCCGCUGUCACUCGUACACUCACCUUUAGCCCCGCCUCUUCCUAUCCCUCCCCGCGGAUGUUCUGCUUGGCCUCCUGAUGACUCAGUAAAUUACGACCUGUUUCUUCAGACAUGGGCUUCAUUUUGGCCUCCAUGAGCUUCCGUCUCAUACACUCUAAACGGUCACUUCAGAUGGCUGUUAAGUCUGAUAUCUCACUACUGGUCUCUGCUCUCUCCACUCUCACUACUGCUCUCUGCUCUCUCACCACUGG